CGAAUUGCUCGGUAGCGUGCCGUGCCAUGAAUGCCUGCCCGUCCUUUGGUCGGUGCUGCUGCUGCUGCUGCUGCAACAGCUUGCUACAUAACUCGAUCCAUCUUCCGUCUGUGCUUGUGCCGUGUCUUGGCUGCUGUCGUCGCCCCCAACGCAAGCACAGUCUCUCGCGAGGAGAAGACGGACUGCACGCCGCAUUCUACGCGCGGCUGCCACUUACACGGACUACUGCAGGCGUCAGUAUUGACCCUCGAUCGGGUCGUACAGCACCACCACCCUCAAACAAACAGGCACCCCUUCCACGAAGUAGAGGGGAACACACACCCGCACUCACACUCUCACUCUCUCACAAUGGUGCAGCUGUCGCUGCUCUCCGCCGUGCUGGCUGCGGCCGGCAGUGUCUCAGUCUCAGCGGCCGUCACCUCCGCCGCGGCGACGGGCCCCGACUUCUCCGUGACGACGGGCAACCUCUCGACGUGGAACCAGAGCGACUGGUCCAUCACGGCGCAUCAGUUCGUGCCCGGCCACUACCAGUCGCGCCUCGGCCUGUCCAACGGCUACGUGGGCGCGUCCGUCGCCGCCGCCGGGCCCUUCUUCGAGAUCGACGUCAACCAGACGCACCGCGACGGCGGCCUCCAGCCCACCAACGGCUGGCCGCUCUUCAACCCGCGCAUCGCCUUCGCCACCAUCUCGGGCUUCUACAACGUCCAGAAGAACGCCUCGGGCACCAAUUACCCGUGGCUGACGCAGUAUGGCUGGGACUCGUUCAUCGCCGGCAUCCCGCACCCGACGGCCGUCGUCUUUGGCUUUGGCGACGAGUGGCUCGAUGCCGACGUCAGCAACGAGACCGUGUCUGGCUUCCGGCAGCGGCUGUCCAUGAGGGAGGGCGUCGCCGAGUGGUCGUAUACGUGGACCCCCAAGAACGCGUCGGCGUCGUUUGAUGUGACGUUUGCUCUCCUCUUCAGCAGGGUGCGUCCCAAUGUGGUCGCUACCAAGGCCACCAUCCGCGCGUCCAAGGACAUCAACGGUACCGCGACGGACCUGCUCGACGGCCGCAGCGCCGUCCGCAGCUAUUUGGACCAAAAGGGCGUCGUUUCCAACGGCAGCAACCCGAGCGUGUACGCCGCGGUCCAUCCCAACGGGCUCGCCAACGUCACUGGCUGGGUCGUCUCCAUGUCCGACUUCUCAUCGACGGCGUCGGGACGCGGGCGUGAGGCCAAGGGAAAGUAUCUCGGAGCCAACGAGACGACCAUCGGGCAGACCUUUGACAUCAGCCUCAAGGCCAACCAGACGGCCACCUUGUACAAGUACGUCGGCGUGGCGUCGACGGACAAGUUUGCAAAGGCCGAGAGCGUCGCGCGGGAGGCGGCGUCCAAGGCCAAGGCGGACGGCUGGGAGAAGCUCCGAGACGAGCACACGGCGGCGUGGGCCGAGCUCAUGACGGAGCACGCCGUCGACAACUUUACAGACCCGGCGACGGGCGAGCUGCCCGACGACAGCAACGUACAGAUCUUACAAGUGGCGAGCGCGGCGAGCACCUUUUACCUCCUGCAGAACAUGCGGCCCGAGGACGGCAGCGGACUCAACGACAACUCGGUGGCCGUGGGGGGGCUCACGUCGGACUCGUACGCCGGGCUCAUCUUCUGGGACGCCGACACGUGGAUGGCGCCGGGGCUCAACAUCGCGUUCCCCAAGUACGCGCAGCAGAUUGCCAACUUCCGGGUCAAGCAGCACGCCCAGGCCGUCGACAACGCCGUCUUCAACGGCUACGCCAACGACAGCUCGCUGUACUCGUGGACGGCCGGCCGCUACGGCAACUGCACCGCCACGGGGCCCUGCGUCGACUACGAGUACCACCUCAACUACGACAUUGCCUUCAACAUGCUGCAGCUGCUCAACGUGACGCGGAAUGAGACGUGGUUCGCCGACGGGCCCGAGCAGGUGGUCCUGAGCACCGCCUACAUGACGGCCAGCCUCGUCCGGUGGAACGAGACGGAGAAGCGGUACUGGCUGCGCAACGCGACGGACCCGGACGAGUACGCCAACAACGUCGACAACCCGUCGUUUACGCUCGCGUCCGCCGGCGAGCUGCUGAGGCGCGCCAACGAGCUGCUCGUCAGCCAGGGCAAGGAGGCCAACGAGACGUGGGCUGAGAUGGCCGAGAAGAUGGCCUUUCCGCGCGCCGCGUCCAACAUCACGCUCGAGUACCAGACCAUGAACAACUCUGUCGAGGUGAAGCAGGCCGACGUCGUGCUGGUGACGUAUCCGCUGGGCUACGGAUACAAUUAUACCCCUGACAAUGCCCUCCUCGACUUGGACUACUACUCCAUCAAGCAGUCACCAGACGGUCCGGCCAUGACCUUUUCCGCCUUUGCCGCCGCCGCCAACGAGGUCUCCCCCUCGGGCUGCGCCGCAUACACGUACACGCUCAAGGGGUUCCUCCCAUAUCUGCGCGGACCGUGGUAUCAGUUCUCGGAGCAGCAGAUCGACGACCCGACCAUCAACGGCGGCACCAACCCCGCGUUCCCCUUCCUGACGGGCCACGGCGGCGCCAUGCAGGUCGCGCCGUUUGCCUUUCUCGGCCUGCGCACCGAUCAGGACGUGCUGCACGUGGCGCCGUCGCUGCCGCCGCAGCUCCCGCACCUGCGUCUGCGGCGCUUCUUCUUCGCCGGCGCCGCCUUUGACGCCGUCCUCAACACGACGCAUACAAAGCUGACGCGGGUGCCCAUCCCCGCCGGCGACGCCAAUGCCGGGACCCUGAACGGCACGCGCUACGCGGACAAGGCGAUGCCGUUCAUCGCGGGCACCCCCGGCAACGACACGGGCAACGAGCAGUACACCAUCAGCGUCAACCAGACAGUCGUGGUGCCCAACCGGCUGUACUGGCAAAAGGCGACGCGCGAGGGCAACCUCCUGCAAUGCCUGCCCGUCACCUCGCCAGACGCAUACGUAGCCGGGCAGCUCCCCGAAAGCGCCACCGACGGCGCCGCCGCAACGGCGUGGCAGCCCAAGGACGGCAACACCAGCGCGAGCAUCUGGGUCAACACGACGGGCGUGCCGCCGCAAAAGGUGCGCGGCCUGUGGUUCGACUUUGGCGCGCGCCCCGUCGCGAACCUGAGCGUGUGGUUCUACAACGAGACGGCGGGCGAGGAGCGCGUCGACGCGGGCCCCGUGGUCAGCUACGACGCCGUCUCGCCCAACAGGCAGCAGGCCGGGCCGGAGACGGUGCUGCCCGUCAAGGGCAACACGACGAGCAUAGCGCUCGCAGAGGCCCUCGACGUCUGGACGGGCGAGUGGGUGAAGCUGACGGUGCAGGGGUGCGCGGGCUGCGACGAGAGCGAGGGGGCGGGCACGGGCGGCACGGUGGCCGAGUUUGUGGUCUACUGAUAUUUCGAGCGAGGCUUUAUAUAUUGUAUAUCCUGUCCCUACUACUAUAGUACAUGAAUAAUGA